AAUGCCCGUGAUUGAAUAUCCAGUGUUCAAUUUUCGUUGAGUUUGGUCUAACUAUAUAUAGUUUGUGAGUAGACUUCAUCCACGUACUGUCCAUCCUGCCAGUGGUUGCUGUGAAAUGCCUACAACGGCACUUUCUGCCCUCACGGCGGGUGAUCUUACGAAGAGUUCUCGACAGGCAAUUGCUAAGCAUAUUCUUCUGCUGCUAAAGGGCCCUUUCUGUGACAUAGAUGGGAUCGCAGACCCCGUGUUUCUGCAAAAGCUCAUUGAGACUCGCUUCGGUGAAGUAUUAAAUGUUGAAAUAUUCUCAGCAAGAAGGAGAACUGGCAUUUUCAUCACAUUCCCCACUCCCGCUUCUCGAAAUGAAUUCGUAGAAUUCGCCAUGUCCAUAAAGGAUCCAAAGGAUCCUCUAUAUCCCAUUCAGGGCGCGACAAAGGACGAAAAAGCAUAUGCACCCAGUUUUCUACCCUUGUAUCAUAUCCCUCUAUCUCUCGAGAAAAUUCUAGCCUCCUAUGGUUUCCUACAGUUCGGACCCUCGAAAAGCUCAGCAUCUUCUGCAGCUCAAUACAGGGCUCCCAAACAUUGGUCCACAAUUAACGAUAAAUCGGUCAAUUCACCGACAUCCACCUCUGCGAAGUUAACUAUUGGUACACGGUCAUUGGUAGAGAUGUCAACCGUCACGGCUUACCAUCAUGAACCGCAUCCUGCCCAAGCCGGAAUAUCUUCUGCUGCGCCAGAGGACAGUGCCUCCACCUCCGCCGCAGUCCAGGUGAAAGCAGCUGCUUCCCAUGCAUCUGUUCGAACGGGUAUGGUCGCACGAUUCACAGAGGAUGUUUGUAUCCAAACAGAGCCUGAGCCGGUCAAGAAGAAUGUUGCCGAGCUAAUCGAAGAACUCCGCCAAGUUAAGCAGAAGGUCGAAGCUUUGACAGCGCAAUUCUCCACUGUGCCAGAGCGGCUCAUCGCUGCUGGUGUUCGGCAGGAGUCUCUCGGCAAGCGCAAACGCCAAGAGUCGGAUGAUGGCGAGACGGUCGUUUAAUCAAUCUUUACUACUUGCAAUUGUCUCCAAUAUUGACGGCUUUUGUGUAUAUAUUCGUGACAUAUUCGUUUACUUUUUGCAGCAUCCUGGACAUCAACAGAGUGUUGGGGUGCAAUUCUAUAAUCAAUGAAUCGAUCGGAUCCGCCAUCAUCUCACCUCCAGCAAUUUCGCAAGCCCGGUCGAAA